AUGGAGCCAAGCGCCACACCGUUGCCUGCAGCGCCGCAGUCGCCUGCUCCACGGCUAGGAUUUGCUCCGACAGAAUGCGGUUGCCCCUUUGACGAAAAUCGCUCGUAUUGCGAACUCGGAGCCCGUGUGGUGCUUCACGGAGAACACAUCCUGGAGGCUCGUGAAUUGGCUGAUGACUUUGUGCGCGAUGAGAACAUGGUGUACAUUAAUGGAUUCGAUCGACCAGAGAUACUGGUACCAUGGGGAUUGAGAUUUUAA